CACGGCUGCCCAGGCUCUUCCUGCCCAGGGCCUGAGUGGCCAGAGCAGGAGAGGGCAGAGCAGCUGGCCCGGGGGGCGGCACUCAAGUGGGCUUCGGGCAUCUUCUACCGACCAGAGCAGCUGGCCAGGCUGGGUCAGUACCGCAGCCGUGAGGUGCAGCGUACCUGCUCCCUGGAAGCACGCAUCAAGUCAGUGGUGCAGUCAUACCUGGAAGGUGUGCAGACUGGUUUGUGGCAGCUGACCUGGGCCCUUGAGGCCAUGCAGGGAAUCCGUGAAGCCCUGAGCCAGGCACAUGGAUUGCUCCAAGGCAUGGCUCAGUUCUCACAGACUCUAGAGCCCCUGAGGGAGCGGGUUGCCCAGCACAAGCAACUGCAGGCCCUGUCUCAGUUGCUGCCCCGGCUGCAAGCAGUGCCAGAUGCAGUGGCCCACACACAGUCCCUGAUUGAUGCCCAACGGCUCUUGGAGGCAUAUGUGAGCCUGCGGGAGCUGGAGCAGCUGCGAGAGGAGACAUGGGCACCCCUGGGGGGCCUGGAAUUGUCAGUCUUCCAGGGGCUGGACCUUCUGGCUGAGGCACUGGGCCAGGCUGUGGAGGCAGCUGCAGGGGCUGCAGGGCAAUUGGCACGGGAGGACCCAGCCCUGCUGGUGGCUGCUGUGCGUGUGGCAGAGGUGGAAGCUGGGCGCACAACUCCCCUGGGGCAGACAUCCCGGGACUGGCGGCAGCGUUGUCUGCGGGCACUACAGGAGGGCCUGGAGCAGGUCCACUUUGGGACAUCUCUGCUGCCUGGGCCAGGAGCCCUAGCAGGGUGGUUGGAGGCUCUGCGGGUGGCCCUGCCAGCUGAGUUGGCCACAGCUGAGGCACUAGUAGCACCCUGCUGCCCGCCACACUACAAAGUGGUCCGGCUAUGGGCUCACACCCUGCAUAGCGGCCUGCGUCACAGCCUGCAGCAACUCCUCACAGGACCUGAGCUGGGAGCUGCUGAUGCUUUUGCUUUGCUGCACUGGGCACUGCAUGUGUACCUGGGGCAGGAAAUGAUGGGGAGCCUGGAGUUGGGGCCUGAGGCUGAUGUGUCCCAGCUGGAGCCCCUUCUGACCUCGGAGAAUAUCGAGCAGCUGGAGGCAACAUAUGUGGCCAAAGUCCAGGCAAAUGUGGCCCAGUGGCUGCAGAAGGUGCUGGAUGGGGAGGUAGCUGAGUGGUGCCAGGAGCAGGAGCCCAACACAGACCCAUCUGGCUUCUACCAUUCACCAAUGCCAGCCAUUGUGCUGCAGAUCCUGGACGAGAACAUUCGUCUGACCAGCCUCGUCAGUGAGUCACUGCAGCGGCGGGUACAUGACAUGGCAUUGUCAGAGCUGGGCGCAUUUCUGAGGAGCUUCAGUGAUGCUCUGAUCCGAUUCUCCCGAGACCACCUCAGAGGGGAAGCAACGGCCCCUCAUUAUGUGCCCUACCUAUUGGCUGCCCUCAACCACCAAUCUGCACUCAGCUCUUCGGUGUCAGUCCUGCAGCCUGACGGGAUGGUUUCAGCGGCCUUGGCUCCGGUGGAAGUCACACUGGACGAGUUGCAAAGGAGAAUCUGCCGCCUGGUGUUGGAGGCGCUGCUGGUGGAGCUCCAGCCCCUGUUCGCGACUCUACCCUCGCGCCAGUGGCUGUCGAGCCCUGAGCUGCUAGACGGUGUCUGCGAGCGGACGGCGCGUUUCUGCCGGGACUUCUGGCGCGUGAGGGACCCUGCCGUCCAUCUGCUUCUGGCCGAGGCAGAGCGCACCGUGGUGCUGCAGUACCUACACGCGCUGAUGCAGGGCCGCCUAGUGUGCCGCGGUGCUGAUGAGCGUACCCAGGCGGCCGAGCGCUUGCGGCAUGAUGCCGCCCAGCUUCGGGAGCUUUUCCUCGGUUUGGGCCUGGAGGAAAGCGCGCACUGUGCGCCGGUGCUACUCGCCCUGAGGGAACUGCUGAACCUCCGCGACCCCACGCUGCUUGGCCUCGAGGUGGCAAGCCUGCAGAAACAAUUUCCCGACGUGAGCGAAGACCAUGUCUCUGCCCUCUUGGACCUGCGCGGGGACGUGUCCCGAGAGCAGCGUCUGGUGGCACUCAGCUCCCUGCAGGUUGGCCCGCCGCCCUCGCCCCCCACGGGCCGCCGCACUCUCUUCAGCCUGGUGCCCACGCCGACGCCCGCGCUGUCCUCCUGCCUCACCUCGGGGCCCUGUGCCUGAUGCCCGGCUGCCUGCAGAAUAAAGCCACGGCCCCCGUA